AUGGCUGACGCAUUAAAGACUGUCGUCUCUCAGAGUACGGAGUGUCCGGUGUGUCUUUCUACCUUCACCGAUCCCAAGAUCCUGUCUUGUUCUCACACUUUCUGCAAGACUUGCCUGGACAACCUCUUGGAGUGCCACGGUAACUGUCAGAUCCGAUGCCCUAUCUGCAGAGCUGUGACCCAGGUCCCAAACGAAGAUGUCGGCAAACUACAGGUAAAUCUUGCUUUGAAAAAUCUUAUAGAGGACAUGAAGGGUCAUCCUCAGGUUUGCACGAAUUGUAAAUCUGAUGACAAGCCCGGUGCUGUUGUCUACUGCCAAGAAUGUGGAAAGUAUCUCUGCACCACUUGUCUUAGUAUGCACUCUCAAUGGGAAGGCUUCAUCGAUCAUGAAGUCAUAGCCAUGAGUGAGAUCACAUCAGGAAAGGUGUCAGCCCGUAGAUACCGCAAAUGCAGGAAACACCCGAAAGAAGAUGAGGAUUACUUCUGUUCCACCUGCAGGAAAUUCACAUGCUUCAGAUGCAGUGUAAUGGAACAUAAAGACGAAGGGCACCAGGUCAUCGAUGCCACAGCUUAUGAGGUCAAACACAUGGAGAGUGUCAAAGAUCUUAAAUCAACGGUUGACAAGAAACGAUCAUGCUUUCAGAAGUACAUUGAUUUCGUAGAUGGUCAGAGGGAGAAUGUUGACAAUGCUAGGACAAAGUGCACAAGUGACAUCAACAAAGCAUAUGAUGAAGCAGUACGGCAGUUGACAGAGAAAAGAGAAGGCCUACUAAGAGAUGUCAAGAAAACUACUGAAGGAGUAGAGAAAGAACUGGAAAACCUGAAGACCACGGCUCAGAGGCAGGCCAAUCAGUUGACGACCAUUGCUGACAUGGUAAUUAACAAAACAAAGAUACCUUUAGAUAUGGAUACUUUGGCUGCACACGACAAUCUAUAUAAAGAAUUACAAGAGGCAUUGGGUCAAGAGGAUCCUGAUUAUGAGCACCCAAGAAAAUCAAGCAAGGAGGGCAAAGGUGUCUGUUUUGAGAGAAAUGUUGGAAUGGAUGAGCUAGGCCUUGGUAAGAUUGUUCAUACAAUUGAAAAGAACGUCACUUUGCCUACUAAGGGUCAAAUGACCGCCAUGGUACGUACUCCAGACGGCAUGAUGGCAGUGGGAUGUACUACAGGUGGCUUGAACAUCUUCUCUGCUGAUGGUAAGCUUCAGCAAACAGUUUUGAAGGAUGUUGGAAUUUUUGGGGUACGGUUCCUCUCUGAUGGUCGAUGUGUUGUGAUUGAUACUUCAAACAACAUCACACUGUACACACCAGAGUACACAAAAUUGAAUGUAAUGUUUAAGACUCUAAGUAGAAAUGAAGGUGGCUUUUCUGAUGUCACUGUUGAUGAUGAUCUGAUCUAUGUGAACUACAGGAAGGCCAAGAAGAUCCUUGCAUUUUCAACAGCUGGUGGUCACGCAGUCAGGGAGGUAGCAUGCAAGGGAAAUGCACCUUGGCAAAUCACUAGUUACGAUGGCUCUCUGAUCACUACAUCAGAUGAUACUAUCAGAUUGGUAGACAAAGAUGGUGCUGUACAACAUAAAGCAAAGAGACCUGGUAGUGACCUUUUUGCUGCUGUAUCUCAAGAUAAUACAGUCCUGAUAGCUAAGGUGAAGCAUGAUGAAGGUUUGGUGAGCAUUGACGAGUAUACAAAUGAACUAAAGCACAUUCAAAACCAUGUAGAUUAUUACAAGAUUGAGAAGCCUUUGAAACGUUGGUAUUAUCUCCAGCAAUACCGAUCAAGAGAGAUCGCUUUCUGCACCGCUAACAGACUCUACAUAUUCCAAUAA